GCAUGCGCAUGCCCGGUGCGCCCUGUAACAUGAACUAGUUGGAAAUAUCAGAGGGAAGAGGUAGAUUACCGUAAUAAAGAACUAAGAUUGAACUUGUAGAUUCGGGAUACAGCCCGUGCUCUGGCUAGCUGCUCUAAGUUAGCUCGUUGGAUAAAGCCCGAAAUAACUCGCGCAAGUCCCGUGCCAGAGAAAGGAAAGAGCAUCGCGAGCUGUGCGCGAGACCCUUGAUCAGAAUUUUUGUUUAAACUUGCUUCUUUUAUUGUUUAAUUAUUUCAAACUUUCAUUGAAAGUUCUCUAUGUAUAAAUAAUCAGCAUAUGUGUAAUUAGAAAAAAAUAUUUUUUAUCUAGUAAUACACUGGGAGUAUAUAACUUUAUGUACUGUAAAUGAAAUAUCGAAAGUUCUUCAAAGUUGUUUUGAGAAGAAAGUAAACCUGUAUACCCCUCGAUGCCAUCUCAAGGUGAGGUGGUUAAUGAAAAGGUGGUGUCACUUACCAGCUAACAUUGCAUCUACUGCGUGAUAUGGACUAAAGACUUCAACAGCAAACACAUGUUGACGUAUGCUCUUCUAUCAAUAUUUAUCAAGUAAUUUUAGUUGUCGUCUUACAAUGUGGUCCAUGUUUGAUUGACAAUCAUGGGAGGAUGCGUGGGGAGAGAACAAGCGGAGUCACGCGGAAACGGCGCGAGGGCGCACAGGAAACGUGGAGGUCGUAAUGAGCCCCUGAAAAAAGACAAGCCAAAGUGGAAGAGCGACUAUCCCAUGACGGAGGGCCAGCUCCGCAGCAAGAGAGAUGAAUUCUGGGACACGGCCCCAGCAUUUGAUGGACGGAAGGAAAUCUGGGAUGCCCUGAAAGCUGCAGCUGUGGCUUUAGAGUGUAAUGAUCAGGAGCUGGCUCAGGCUAUAGUGGAUGGAGCCAACAUCACAUUACCACAUGGAUCCCUAACAGAGUGUUAUGAUGAACUCGGCAACCGGUACCAGCUCCCAGUAUACUGCCUGGCACCGCCUGUCAAUCUGAUCACGGAGAGAAGUGAGGAAGACCCGUCGGACAACCCUGAGCCCCAGACAGCACAGAAGAAAGAGUUCCAGCUAAAGGUACGCCUCUCCACCGGCAAAGACGUACGGUUGAACGCCAGCAUGGCCGACACCAUUGGCCUCCUCAAAAAGCAACUGCACGCUCAGGAGGAUAUUGAUGUCGCCCACCAGCGCUGGUUCUUCUCUGGAAAGCUCCUCACAGACAAGACACGCCUGCAGGACACCAAAAUCCAGAAGGACUUUGUUAUCCAGGUCAUUGUGAACCAGCCAUUAACACCAACUCAAUAAGACGCAGCUGAUGAAUUUACAAAACAUAAAGGACCAAUAUGAAAAACACAAAGUUUUGCACAAAAACGGACAGCGACUUUAAGAAGAAAUGGAGAAUCUUUGUCUAUCAUUAAAGAGAAAAUUACGAUUAUUAGACUUGUUGCUCGAGUCAAUCGUGCUGUAAAAAUGCGUUUCUGGGGUGAACUUUUGUAAGGAUAACUCCACGAUUCACAGCUAGACACUCAAGCCCUUCUCAAAUCCGACAUCUGCGAAAACAAAUAAACCAACAUAACGUGUUGCAUCUGUGCUAACUUGAGCAAAAGUGCCAAGGCAAAUAGCUGCAGUGUCGGUUUUGGUUAAAAAGCACAUUGCUUUCAAUCCCUUGACUAUGCAUAUCCUGCAAGCUUUAGGUUUACUGUAUCUACGUGGUCCUCUUAAAGUGAUUUCACCUUGUAAGAUUCAUGUAAGUUGAGCUUCAUUUUGCACACUUUAAAAAAGUAUCGUAGUCGUGCCUUGAAAGGAGAGUAGGUUUUUAAAUGCUGUUUUUAUUUUGCUUAUAAAGGCUUUUUUAGCCUGGAGGUGGCUAAACGGGCUCACAGACACAUGCUUUGUGUUUUGUAACUGAUGUCUUUGAACACAAUCCAAUACUUGCUAUGCAAUCUUUAAACAAUUGGGGAAAAAGAUGCUGAUAUCGUUCAGUUCUCAACCAGUUUAUCUGAUGUAGCUAAUCUAAAACUUAAAUGUUUUUAUAAAGCAUGCUAUCGCAAGGUCAUGACAAGUGAGAGUGCAUAAAUAGAUCACUGUCAUACACUUGCAGCGAUGCUGGAUGUCUUGGAGUAACCGCAUCUUUAUCUCCUGAGACUAUCAAACUAAAGUGUCCUACUUUUUGGUGAGCCAUCCGAUUUCCAAUCAUAGAUUGCUGCAUCUUAAUUGGAUAUUUUAGCCAAAAAUUUAAAUUUCGUCAUCAUUUAAUCACCCUUAUAUUAUUCUGAACCUGUAUGAGUUUCCUCUGUUCAUCACAAAAGAUGAUAUUUUGAUUAAUGAUGGUAAGCACACGAAAGUCAAUGGAAAUCUUCUUUUGUGUUCAACAGAAAAAAAAACUCAUACAGGUUCAGAACAACAUGAGAGUGAGUAAAUGAUGACCACUUUUUUUUGCUUUGUUUUGUCUGUUCCUCUUUUGGGGGAACUGUGGGAGGAGCUAUAAGUGCUCAGACUGCAGUCAAAACAUCAAAUGACUAUAGAUCUUUUUCUGUAUUUUAUAUUCUGUACUAUUCCAAUCUUUACUCCGCUUGUUUUUAAAUGACUUAGACCAAGUUUCACAAACAAGACUUAGAUUAAGCCAAGAUUAGGCCUUUUACAAAAGUGAUAAAAUAAACAUUACUGGUGUACAUCUUAAGACAAAAUCAUGGGACGUAUAUACAUUUUAAGAUAUGUUGGGGCUAGUUGUAACUCAAACAUCCAUUUAGUCUAGGCUUAGGCCUUGCCUGCGAAACCAGGCCCUAGUAAAAUGUUUUUUACUUGUUUCUUCAAAGUGGCUGUAUAAUUGGCUAAAAAGCUAAUAAUUUAUUGUUUAGCAUAUUCUAUAGCUAAAUAAACACAUACAUGGUAUAGUUUACCCUAAGCAUCAGUUUUAAAAUCCGUCCCAACAUUUCUGUAGCAUCUAUGGCAAACAUCAAAACAAUUGUUUCCCCAGAUUUGCGUCAUAUUGUGAGUUGGUCUCUUAUAUGCAGUCUAUUAACACAGAAAACAAUUCUGAAAUUCAAUAUUUGAUAGGUUUGUGAGGUUACUGUGAAAGUCAAUGGGACAUCUGUUUUGUUUUUUUAUAGGCGUCAAAUGUAGGUGCAUUAAGGGGAGAGUUCACCAAAAAUUCAAAUUCUGUCAUCAUUUAUUGACCUUUAGGUUGUUUUAAACCUGAAUAAAUAUUUUUGUUCUGCCGAACAUAAAGGAACACAUUGAGCAAUUUUGGGGCACCAUUGACUUUCAUAGUUUUUUUGCCUACUGUAAUAUGAAAGUCAAGGGUGCUCCUGCUUGAUUACAAACAGUACAAAGAAAUGUAUAUAGGUUUGAAAAAAAAAACUUCAGGGUGAUUAAAUGAUGUCAUUUUUUGAUAUACUACUACUUUAAGCUUAAUUUUUUCUGUGUGCAGUUUUUAAACAAACACAGCAUAAUUUUCUGUGGUUAUCAAAGUAACUGUUUAUAUAGCAUAUCUUUUAUGUAACCCAGCAUAUUUCAUUAAGUCCCUUGUAUUGUAAAGCACAAGAUCUGUGAAAACAAACAUGAACUUUGUGUGUGUACUAGGGAUGGGCAUUCGAUUAAAAUUUUUUUAGUCGAUUGUCGGGAGAAUUAACGAUCGACUAUCGAUUAAUCAUUAAUAUUUUUAUCAUAAAAAAUAAUUAUUUAACUUUUUUUAUAAUUCAAAAAUUUUGAAUACAAAAAUACAGCGUGUUUUCCUCCAUAAGACCUUUAUUACAAGAUCAACUUGUGGCAAACAGUUAAACUACAUUUAGUUAGACAAACGGAACAUAUAUGCACUUGAAUAUGCGGUGCUCUAAAGCAGCGAAACCUGCAGCUGCGAGCCGCAUUCUUAAACGGAGACUUCAUUUGUUCCAAAAAAUCAUGACCUCUUCAUGAUUAUUUUUUUGAAAUCAAAACAGAAGGUCACAGAUAACGGAGUAUGGUGUCAAAUAUUGCACCCUGGUGGUAAAAUGUUGAAUUGCUGCCACACAGUGAAAUUAAUUUAAUUGCUUCAAGACACACGCUACGCUAGGCAACGCAAUCUGCAUUAGAUAAAAAAAGUAUUUGAUUAAUCAAUAACAAAUUAACUUCAUCGACUAAAUUCUUAACGAUCAAUUAUCGAUCGUCGAUUAAUCAUGCCCAUCCCUAGUGUGUACAAGACCCACCAAUCCCCCACCACGACAAAGACUCUAAUAGAAGCUGAUUGUUUGUAUGUAAGUGUGUCACAACUUAAGAACAUAUCAUGUAUCUUAAUAUACAUACACUGGCUGUCUGGAUAAACACCUCCAAAAGAGAGCGUAUUUCUUCCCUUCUUACUUCAGCAGAAUCUGAAACUCUUAUACUGUGACUAAAGAGUUGUAAUAAAUAUGCUGUAGUUGCUGUUGGACCUCACCGGGCUUAUUUUACAGUCUCAUACUGGCAGCACUUUUGCCAUUUACUGUAAAAACCUGUCCACAACCGCUGUUUGUGGUUAUUUACCCCAUAAACUUCUUGAAGUACAAGACUGUGCUCUAAUGAGCAGUUUUAAAUAUAAUCAAACUAUUUCUAAAUGUCUUUCAGUGGUUUGUUGUUUAAAGGUGGUGUGUGUAAAUUUUAGCGGCGUCUAGUGGUGAGAUUGCGGAUUGAAACCAACAGCUCACCCCUCCAUUUCAAAACGCAUAUGGUAGCCGCUAUAGGACAAACAUUUUGUUGUUGUUUUUAUGUUCUGGCUGUUUUAGUUUUGGUUAUGUUGCUUUAUUGGAAAGCACUUUGGUCAACAUGAGUUUGCUUAAAAUGUGCUAUUCAAAUAAUAAACGAAACUAAACAGUGUAGGGACAAAACGCGCUCCGUAGAACAGUUGUUUCAUUUAGGGCUACUAUAAAAAUAUGACGGCGACUUCCAUGUAAGGAGACCCGUGGUGCAUUUACAUUAAAACUGCUCAUUAAACAAUACGGUUCAUUAUGGAAGGUCUUUAUACACCACUGAUAAUAUAGCUAGUUAGAUUAUAUUGCAUUUCGGUUAAGAGAUUCUACUAAAAGUUACACAAUGCACCUUUAAUAUAAACGUAAAUCCCUUUGUUUGAUAUUUCAAUUUUUGUAUUGCAAUGUCAAUAGACUCAAGUAAAAAAGUAAUAGAAAUGGUUACUGUGAUGCAUGCAAUGAUGCACACAGUAAAAGGUGAUAUCAAAUGCUGGUAUUUAUGGAUGUAGAUUAUUCAAGAUCAGGUUUAAUUCAAGAUUCAAGUCUUCAGUGUUUAAAUAGUAAUUGAUUUUUUUUGUUUCUAUGUUAUAUUUGUUUAAAUGUUUGUCAUGUAUGACUGAUGCUGUAUGAAAUAGGGUCUUUUUUUAGGUUAUUUGCUUUUUGGAAUCUUGUUGUGUCUCGUGAAAUGACGUUUACAUGAAGGGUGUGUAAACUGAAAGACUGUGGAAGCUGCUAGAAAGCCAUAGCUGUCAAUCUUUCUCAGCCCACAAUAGUGGGACAAUAUCAGGAGACUCUACCUUGGACAUUUGUCUUUCAAAUCUUAAGACUGUAAGAAGCCAUUUACCAUUAAUCGAGCCUGCUGCGUAUGUGUUUCGUAAAAGGCAAAAUAUGAUGAACUUUUAUGUUUCUUUAAAAGGAAUUCAUGUGAAUUUCUUCUUUUAAUAUCUGUAUAUUUAGAGAUUUUAAAGAAAAGUGCGUUCUUACACGUGCUUACAGCAUGAUUUCUGAAAGUUAUGUAAGUUUACAUGGUCAUUUGUUUUUCAGAUGUUUUAAUUGUCAAAUAAAAGUAACAACUGCUAAAGCAAACA